AUGAGCGAGAAGCAAGAGAUUGAGCAGCAACAUCAGUUGCCGCAUUCAGGGUCCAGCCAUGCUGGCAAGGACGAAAAGGGCCAGGCUGAAUUUGAGGAGCAGGUCCACCACGAGCACGUCGAGGAAAUCUCCCCUGAGCUCGAGGCCCUCCUCCAGACCGACCCUUUGACCGGUUUGACUGACGAUGAGGUUCUUCGUCGUCGUGAGACCUUUGGUCCUAAUGAAUUGAUUGAGAAGAAGCGCCAUCCUUUCCUCAAGUUCUUGAGUUACUUUACUGGUGCUAUUGCUUAUUUGAUUGAAUUGGCUUGUAUCUGUGCUGCUGCUGUUGGGGACUGGGCUGAUUUCGGUAUUAUUCUUGCCCUUUUGUUCAUUAAUGCUAUCAUUGGUUUCGUGGAGGAGUCCAAGGCCGAGUCGGCUUUGGAUGCUCUCAAGCAGACUUUGGCUUUGAAGACUCGCUGCUGGCGUAACGGACACUUGGUUGAGCUCGACACCGCCGAGCUUGUCCCUGGUGAUGUGAUUGUUCUUCGUCUUGGUGACAUUAUUCCCGCUGAUGGUCGUCUUCUCGGUAUUGGUGCUACUGGUGAGGCCACUGAGGGUGAUUUGAUGGUUGAUCAGUCUGCUCUGACUGGAGAGUCUUUGCCCUUGGCCAAGAACAAGGGUGCAACUGUCUACUCUUCUUCCAUCGUCAAGCAGGGUCAACAGAUGGCUGUCGUCACCAAGACUGGUGGUGAUACCUUCAUUGGUCGUGCUGCUGGUCUCAUGGCUGUUGCUCAGGAGGAGGGUCACUUCCAAAAGAUCAUCAAUCGCAUUGGUAACUUCUUGAUUCUCAUCACCGUCGUCCUGGUCCUUAUCAUCAUGAUCUUCCUCUUGGUCAAGAACAAGGGCACUGAGAAGGGUGAGUUCAAGCACGUUCUCGAGCAGGUUCUCGUCCUCACCAUCGCUGCCAUCCCUGUCGGUCUCCCCACUGUCAUGUCUGUCACCAUGGCCAUGGGUGCCAAGGAACUCGCCCUUCGUAAGGUCAUCGUCAAGCGUCUCACAGCUGUUGAGGAAAUGGCCUCUGUCUCUGUUCUCUGCUCUGACAAGACCGGAACCUUGACCUUGAACGAGUUGACUUUUGAUGAGCCCUACUUGACCAACAACUACACUUCUGGUGAUAUUCUCUUGUACUCCUACCUUGCUGCUGAACCCGGUGCCAACGACCCAAUUGAGUUUGCUGUCCGUACUGCUGCCGAAGAACAACUCGAGAUCCUCAAGAACCGUGUCCACAAGCACGAGGUCCCCGGAUAUAAGGUCACUUCUUUCUUGCCCUUCAACCCUUCAACCAAGAUGACCCAGGCCACUGUCAUGGACUUGAACACUCAGCAAUCUUUCAAGGUCGCCAAGGGUGCACCCCAGGUGAUCAUCCGUCUCGUCGGUGGUGAUAAUGAUGCUGUCCGUGCUGUGAACUCCCUUGCUAAGCGUGGUCUUCGUGCCCUCGGUGUUGCCCGUACCAAGCCCGGUUCCCUGGAGGAAUACGAGUUGGUCGGUAUGAUUUCAUUGAUUGAUCCCCCUCGCCCUGACUCUGCUGAGACCAUUCGUCGCUGCAACCAUAUGGGUGUUGAUGUCAAGAUGAUUACUGGUGAUCAACAGAUCAUUGCCAAGGAGGUCGCUCACCGUCUCGGCAUGGGUCGUGUUAUCUUGGAUGCUGGUCACUUGGUCGAUGCUAACAAGUCUGAAGAUGAGAUCACUGAGCACUGUAUCCGCGCUGAUGGUUUCGCCCAGGUCAUUCCCGAGCACAAGUACCGUGUUGUUGAAUUGCUCCAGAACCGUGGUAUCCUCGUUGGUAUGACUGGUGAUGGUGUUAACGAUGCUCCUGCUCUCAAGAAGGCCAACGUCGGUAUUGCUGUCCAUGGAUGCACAGAUGCUGCUCGCUCUGCUGCUGAUAUUGUGCUCUUGGCUCCUGGUUUGUCGACCAUUGUCGAUGGUUUGAUGACUUCCCGUGCUAUCUUCCAGCGUAUGCGUUCCUAUGCUCUCUACCGUAUCACCUCGACUGUCCACUUCUUGAUUUUCUUCUUCUGCAUCACCCUGGCUCACCAAUGGACCAUGGAGCCCAUCUUGUUGAUUUUGAUCUGUAUCUUGAACGAUGCUGCCACUUUGGUCAUCGCUGUUGAUAACGCAAAGAUUUCUGCUCACCCUGACAAGUGGAGAAUCGGUCAGCUCAUCUUCUUGUCUGUCGUCCUUGGUGUUCUCUUGACUGGCCUCUCCUUCGCCCACUUCUACAUUGCCGAGCAGGUCUUCAAAGUCCACCCCGAUCAAUUGGAGGCCAUCAUGUACCUGCACAUCUCUUCCGCUCCUCACUUCGUCAUCUUCUCCACCCGUCUCUCUGGCUACUUCUGGGAGAACAUGCCCUCGCCUAUCUUCUUCAUCGCCGUCAUGGGUACUCAGGUCUUUGCCAUGUUGAUCUGUGUCUAUGGUGUCAUUGUCAAGGAGGCCAUCGGUUGGGGCUGGGGCUGCGCUGUUCUUGGUAUCUCCUUGGUCUACUUCAUUCUCCUCGACUUUGUCAAGGUCUACAUCUUCAAGAACUGGAGUUUCGAGUUCACUGCCCAUGCCUGGCCCACCAAGGCUGCCAAGGAGAAGUUGGCCGCCCGUAAGGUCCGUGUCGUUCAGCAGGAGCGUGUCUGGAAGUCGAUUGACAAUGUUCGUCAAGUCGGUCUUAAGAUCAAGGCUAUUGAGGCUUUGAAGGCAUAA